AUGUCAACAGGAGAGAGCACAGUCCACAACGCCGUUCAUACUCCCGCGCUGAGCGAAGAAAGGGGCCCAGGUUCUACUGGCAACGCGCCAGCCCCCGUCGGCGCGUACCAGGCCUACUUGGAUCGCAAAAGAAAAGCCCGCGAAGACGACGAGCUUAUCAAAUUGGAUAUUGCCGGCGGACGAUGUCCGACGAGCAUCACGUGGGAGCAACACCGAGCCAACCUCGCUGUCAAGCAUCAGGCCUUGCUGGAUGCGCACGCCCUGGCGGCGAGCAACAGCCAGGCCGAGCCACCCCAGCAGACCGGCCGCAUCGCCUCCCCUCUGCCGCCACAGGCGAAUCCAGAUGCCGCCGCGUCCAGAGCACAGUCUACGCGCGCGGCUGAACCGCGGCGGCCGCAAAAGGAGAGUCUCGCGCACAAAUGGCUGAGCAGGCUCCGGCCCCCCGUGCUGCGCCAGGAACACACGCUGGAAAAGGGCCACCGCGCUGCUGCCCAGGCCGCUCUGGCAGCUGACGUGACGGCGGAGCUGGGGCAGGAGGGCCCGCUGCCGUCGUCCUUUUUCUACCCCGGCCCGUUCGUCAACGGCCAGGCCUUUCAGCAGCGCAACGAGCGCGAGCAGCGCGGGAAGGAGCUGGGCACGCUCAUGAAACUGGUCGACGCGGCGGCGCGCUGCGGCGCGCACGACGCGGAGUGGAACGAAAAAGUGAGGCGGCCGCUCAUCGAACAUGUUGUCGGGACCGCUCCUGGGGAGCAGACGCUGCGGUGCCAGUACGGCGACGUCGAUGUGCUCCUCGCGUAUGACUCCGUGACCGAGGAGCUGCUGCGCGAGAAGCCCGGCGCCGUGGACGGGCGGCGGAUGAGCUUCACGAUUGACAUUUGCGACAAGGUGCGGCUGUCGGGCAGCAUCGCGCGCAAGCUGGACGUGCCUGGCAGGCCGGAUCCGUUUGUCAACCACGUAUCCGGGGACGUGGACGAGUUCGACGAGCUUGUGGGCAACAACGACCCGAUCGGCGCCUUCAUCGCGACGCGCGCGCCGUCCUCGGCGGUGGCGGCCGACGUGGACCUGUGGGGGCUCGAUCUGGGCGUCCACGCCGCGGCGCUGCACAACCGGCUGUCGAGCUUUCUGGACGCCAAGUACGGGACCGAUCCGGGUGCGUGGUAUGGAGGAACCUGUGGGGCCUGGUGGCCGUCCCGGGGCGUCGAGGGCAUCCCGGAGCCGCAUAGACGGCCGCUGAUACCGGUGCUGCCGCUCGUGUACGUGGCGGGCCACGACUGGUACCUCUACUUUGGCUGCGAUCGCGGCAAGGAGAUUGUGCUGCUGGACGGGGUCCCGAUGGGCUCGACGCGCACUCUGCUAUCGAUAUACCGGCUCGUCAAGGUGCUGACGGACAUUUGCCGAUAUAUUGACGAGCAUUACAAGCCCUGGUUGAUGACUCUUUUUGAUUGCUCGUGGCCGAAUAAUCCAUGGGAAGCCGAGCGGAAGAAAUGA